AUGGCACCCAAUAAACGUCAGCGCACCUCCAUUAUAGCAGCUGGUGGGGGUGUUGUCGCUACAAAUACUCUCGCCGCUUCACCCCAGACACCAUUACACUCAAAGAUUUUGGCCCCUUUCAGAGCUCUCGGUCACAUCACUUCGACAUCUGCGCCAGCGACUCCAUUUACUCUUCUUCCAUUAGGCAAGACUUUUCAAAUCACAACUGCGCUUUCAAACACCCUACAAACCUAUGAUAUCCGACGUUUAAAUAUCUUAUUCGUAUCUUCUCCUGCUACUCCCGGUCUCAUCCGCCGAGUCAUCGCCCAUAAGGACCUCGUAUACGCUGCCUUCGACGAUGAAUUGAUCCGCGUUUGGAUUUUCAAGAGAGGAAAGAAGAUCGCUGAACUUGAGCCGGUCAGAACACUGCAAAGUGGAGGUAAACGGGAUGGGAGAUGGCGAGAGCUCUUGAUAUUUGGAGACUGGGUUGUUGGCGCUUUCGAUUGGGGAUUAGUGGUAUGGAGGAGGACAACCGGAGAGGUUUAUACUGAGAUUGAGGUUGUGGGUGAGGUCACGGCUCUUGUGCAUCCAAGCACUUUCUUGAACAAGGUUGUUGUAGGGAAAGCGAAUGGAUCUCUAGAAAUUUGGAACGUGAAAACGAGCAAGAAGAUCCACACUAUACUUUCACCCCUCCCUGCGCCAAUAACUUCUUCAAAAUCCGCUCCGGCCAUAACCACUCUUGUUCAAACUCCAGUGAUUUCUAUCCUGGCCAUUGGAUAUUCCACUGGAGAGAUACAUCUUCACAACAUUCUCACUGAUACCCCAUUGUUCACACUAAACUCUGCAAUGCCAGGGAGCAUUGCAGCGUCAUCUCGGGGGAAAAAGCGUGUAACAAGCAUUUCAUUCUGCACGGAUCCAGCAGUUGGUGCUGGCAAAACUAAAAGGGAAGGCGAGGGAGGGGGGAAAAUACUUGCGGUUGGAGAUGAUGACGGAGAUGUCACUCUUUGGAACCUCAAGAAACGAAAAGUUGUUGGUGUCAUGAGAAACGUGCAUGAGGGCCCUUCUGGAUCUGGUGUAAUCGUGGAAUGGUUAGCAGGCCAAAAUGUCCUGGUUACCAGCGGAGGAGACAACAGCGUCAAGGAAUGGAUAUUUGACUCUCCUCACACAACACUUCCUCGUAUCCUUCGAUCACGUUCCGGGCACUCUCAGCCAAUAACAAGCCUUACAUUCUUCUCGCCGGCAAAUUCUCAUUUCCUUCUUUCAUCAUCCCUCGAUCGUUCCUUCUGGGCUCUUUCCCUAAGGAAUGACGCGCAGUCUUUUGAAUUCUCUCAAGGUGCUACUGUUAAGAAGGUUACAAAGGCAGCCAAAAAUAACCCCGCUACAGCCUCACUCGCGGGGGCAAUCUCGGGGGCAAAGGCCGGCCCUAUAACAUGUAUUGCAACGUCUUCAGGCGAAGACGGCGCCGGGAGUGCCGGGAGAGACUGGGAGGGUGUUGUCACAGGGCAUAAAGGCGAGCGAGCCGCGAGAUGUUGGAGCUUCCAGGGUAAAAAGAUCGGACGAUGGGUCCUCGAAACUAGGGAUCAAGGAGAAGUUAAAAGUGUCGCUAUCUCUGCAUGUGGCACUUUUGCAUUGCUUGGAUCAAGCAGUGGCGGAAUCGAUAUGUAUAACCUUCAGAGUGGGCUUCAUAGACGUCGUUUCCCUGAACCCAUGACAGCUUCACAGGCGAAACAGAUAAAAUCCCAAGGAACUGCACUCGGUCGAUUCGGCGUUGCCGGAAAGGGAAAGCAUACAAAGACUGUAACUGGCUUGGUUACUGAUGCCCUGAACCGUACUGUCAUUUCCACUGGGCUAGAUGGAAAGAUCAAGUUCUGGGACUUUAACACUGGUGUUCUCCUCCAUGAGAUCAACUGGGAAAGCUUCACAGCGAUCACUAGGGCCAAGCUACAUCGACACUCUGAUCUUCUUGCUGUUUCUUGCGACGACCUGUGUAUCAGAAUAAUUGAUAUUGAAACACGGAAGGUUGUUCGUGAGCUUUGGGGUGCGGCGGGAAGGAUAAGUGACUUCUGCUUUUCUAACGAUGGGCGAUGGAUACUUGGGGCCUCCACAGAUAGCAUAAUUAGGAUAUGGGAUUUGCCUACCGGCCAUCUCAUCGAUGCUGUGCGAACAAGAAGUAUAGUUACUGCAAUGGCGUUUUCUGGAACCGGUGAGUUUUUGGCAACGGCACAUGUCGACAGUGUUGGCGUUGACCUAUGGACAAAUCGGACACUUUUUAGGCAUGUUCCGACUAGACAUCUGAAGGACGAUGAGAUUGUAGAUCUCACUUCCCCAACAGCCUCUGGAGAGGGCGGAAUCAGUAUCAUUGAGGCAGCGUUCGAAGAUAGCGAGAAAGAAGAAAAUAGCACAGGAGUCUACACAACCGCAGAUCAAUUAAGCGAUAAGAUGUUGACUAUGUCGCUUGUCCCCCGCGCAAGAUGGCAAACAUUAUUGAAUCUUGAUGUCAUUAGGCAACGUAACAAACCCAAAGAAGCUCCCAAAGCUCCUGAGAAGGCACCAUUUUUCCUUCCUUCCCUCGGAGAUAAGGAGGGUCCUCUUGCAAUUAAAGGCAGCGAUACUACGGAUGAAUUGGCGACCGUACAAGCGCUCGAAGCUAAAAGGUCUCGUGUCAUACGCAUGUCCCGCAAUGCCGGAGAAAGCGAAUUCACGCACCUAUUAAUUGAUGCCAACGGGGACUACACCGCUUUCCUUAAUCACUUCAAGACACUCCCUCCCUCUUCGGCGGACUUGGAGAUUCGUAGCUUACAGCCCGAGGAGUUGGUGCCGUUUGUUGACUCAUUGACUCAAAGAUUGAGGAGUAAGAGAGAUUAUGAGCUUGUGCAAACGUGGAUCAAUGUAUUCUUGAAGUGUCACUCGGAGUCGAUUGUUAAUGAUGUUGGUGCCGAGAGUGGGGAGAGGGGGUUGAGGGCUGCCUUGGGGGAGUGGUCUAUUGAACAGAAAAAGGAGGCCAGUAGAUUGGCGGAGUUGGUCGGAUACUGUGCAGGCGUUGGAGAAUUCCUGCGCAGUGGACGCUAG